CUCUGCCUCGCUGUACAUUGCCCACUUCGCCGCCCGUUUCGGUUUCCCUUUCUUCAUUCUUCUUCUUCUCAUCCCAAAUCUCUCCUCCUCCCAUCCCGCCGCGCCCGCGAGAGAUCAGCAGCUACUCGACUCGACUCGACUCGAAUCGAAUCCGAGGGGGGCGGCGGCGAGGGGUGGUGGUGGUCGGCCAUGGCGCACCGGGUGGACAACGAGUACGACUACCUCUUCAAGAUCGUGCUCAUCGGCGACUCCGGCGUCGGCAAGUCCAACAUCCUCUCGCGAUUCACCCGCAACGAGUUCUGCCUCGAGUCCAAGUCCACCAUUGGCGUCGAGUUCGCCACCCGCACGCUCCAGAUAGAAGGGCAGACCAUCAAAGCUCAGAUAUGGGAUACUGCUGGGCAGGAGAGGUACCGUGCAAUCACAAGUGCUUACUACCGGGGAGCUGUGGGGGCACUUCUAGUCUAUGACAUAACAAAGAAGCAGACGUUUGAAAACAUCCAGAGGUGGCUUCGUGAACUUCGUGAUCAUGCGGACUCCAACAUUGUCAUUAUGAUGGUAGGCAACAAAUCAGACCUUAACCACCUGAGAUCAGUUCCAGAGGAAGAUGGUCAGGCACUAGCAGAGAAGGAAGGUCUAUCAUUCCUCGAGACCUCAGCUCUGGAAGCCCUUAAUGUUGAGAAGGCAUUUCAGACUAUCCUUAAAGAUAUUCAUCAAAUCAUCAGCAAGAAGGCACUUGCUGCCCAAGAGGCAGCAGGCAGUGGACCUCCCACUCAAGGAACCACCAUCAAUGUUACUGAUUCUGCUGUUAACACAAAGAGAGGAUGCUGUUCUUCCUAGGUGCAACCGAAGAUUUGGUGAUGCUGCAAAAGGAAAUUCCCAUGGAUCUUACAGCACUAGGUGUUAUGUAGGUCGCUUGACUCCUUUUGGCCUGUAAUUCUGGUGGGGUUGUAAUCACAAUUUAAAUCGCUAGAAAGAAAUAUUCCUUUUAAGGUAGAUACCAUGUGUAGUUGCAAAAUUUUGGUAGAGACUGUUGCUGGGCAAGACUUUCUACAGUUUCAUAUCUAUAUCAUGUUUUCUAUCAGUAUGCUUGUGUUAUAUAUCUUGUUAUAGUCUAAA